UGAAGGCGUUCCCUUGGGUGUAUUGGUGCUCCACAUAGACGCGUACGCCGUUCGAUUGCCAAUUGCCGAUCGACCGUUAGUUUGUCAGAGUUGGCUCGGUUGAAGCACCUGCAUUCGUUGUUUGUCGCUUGUCGCUGUCGGCUGAUGUAUGGUGCCUGGAAACGUUGGAAAUAGAAAUCUUAUCGCUUUAUCGUGCUGAGAAAGUGGAUUAUCGAUUAACAAGCCAACACAGUGAGCGAUAAGCGCACAAACCACAAACUAGAAAUAGUUCGAUGUUUACUUGCUGCUGACACUUGUCACUUGCGUGUUAACAAUGGGCAUUAAAACCAAAGUUCCGACCACUGCGCAAAUUGAGGAGCUGCGACAGCGCUUCAAUACGAAAUAUGCCGAGUCGCCGCCCCCAGUACCCUUUCAUCCCGUUGACCUGGAUCGCAUUCGCAACGAUCAUGUUUGGCUGCAACGUUUUCUGGAAAUGUACGACCUGGACAUGGAGACAUCCUUUACGAAGCUCUGGGAUACCUGCAGCUGGCGUCAGGCAUACGGAGCCAAUGAUCUGACUGAAGAUAAGCUCAAUCAGCAGUAUCUACAUGAGGGUUCAGCCUUCGUGUAUAGCCAGGAUGUGGAUGGCAAGCCGUUGCUCAUAUUUCGCGUCAAGUUGCAUAGCAAAUCGAAAAAUCUAGAUGAGUUGAUACGCAUUGUGGUCUACUGGGUAGAGCGAACGCAGCGUGAGACCCAUAUGACCCAGCUAAGCAUAUUCUUUGAUAUGGCCGGCACGGGCCUGGCCACCAUGGAUCUGGACUUUGUCCGGCGUAUUGUGGAGACAUUCAAGCUCUACUAUCCCAAUGCGCUUAAUUACAUAUUGGUCUUCGAGCUGGCUUGGGUGUUGAAUGCCGCCUUCAAGGUCAUCAAGGCGCUGCUGCCACCCAAAGCGGUUGAGAUAUUGAAAAUGAUAUCGAAAAAGGACGUCACUCAGUAUGUGCCCAAGGACAAUUGUCUGGUCAGUUGGGGUGGCACAGACAGCUACGAGUUCCAAUUUGUCCCAGAGCCCAAGCGUGCGGUCGCCAAGCCGAAGGCUGCCAACGCCGGUGACGACGACCAGCCCCAUGAUGAAAUGGGCUUGGAUAAGAAGGUUACCUUCUCCAAUAGCGUUCGCAUGGCGCCUCAUGAUUCAAGCGUCGGCGAGCUCCACACGCCUUCGGAUAUGGUUAUGUUGCAAUUGGAGCCCAAGGAAUUUGUGAAUAUCUGCAAAGAAAAUGGGGAAGCAAAGGUGUCGCUCAGAAAUAUUGCUAAUAAGCCGGUAGCUUAUAAGAUACAAACAACAUCACCAGAAAAGUUUCGCGUCCGGCCGCGUUGUGGCGUAGUACCUCCAAAUCAAACGACCGAGGUGCACAUUUGGCUAAAAUCUGACCAAGUGCUGAGCAUCGAUGGCAAAGACAAAUUCCUUGUUAUGGCAGCCCGCACAGAUGCUAUUGAUUGUAGCGCACAAGGAGUUUCAGAUAUGUGGAAAGCAAAAUCUUCAACAGACUCAGAUGUCGAAAACUUUCGCCUUGUGUGCCGCAUGGAUGAUAAACCCGAUUGUGUCAAGAAUGGCACAGCGCAAAGCGACAGCAGCAGUGGGGAAUUUGGCCUUGACAAGAUGCAGGAGCAAGCCCAAAAAAUGGAGGCUCAAUUGAAUUUUACAACACAUUUACAAUAUGUUACAUUAGUUCUAUUAUUUUUGCUGUUUAUUGCUAUAGGUUUUCUAAUGUAUGAACAGAUGGCAAAACAUUCACCAGUUGGGGGAACUUACCAUAAAACACCAGCAUAUACGUGCCCCAAGCGUAAAUGAUAUUUACUGUCUCAAUGCAAUGUGACCCUGAGCGACGACGCCACUGCCAGCCACGACCAACAAAAUAACAAUAACAACAACAACAACAACAACAAUAAGGAGGAUGAUAUUAAAAGGAAUAGCGUUGACUAUAGCCUGUACAAAGAUAGCUGCAUUUGCGACUUGAGCCUAGGCUUGGAUUACACGGAUGAGGAUAUCCACUGCUUGGAAGCGUUACUCUUGGCUCAUCUGCAAUUGUCAAUUCAAAAUAAGCAAGCCAUCGGCGGUCAAAUGGACGGUGGUGUCGCUAAUGGCGGUCAUCUUAUUGGUCUCAUUGCAUUCGCACGUGAAAUUGCGCGUGUGCUUCUAUCGCUUUCCGUGCUUUGCUGUAUUCUAUUCUUAAGCUUCUAUUUGGGUAGCAAUUAUGAUGGCCAAAUCGACGAUGGUGGUCCUCCAAGUCAUUCAACAACCGCAGUAUCAACAACAAC